UCCAACCCUCCUCCUUUCUCAUCCGGGCUUGGGACCGGCCAUGGCGGAGUUGGCCCAAUUUCCGACGAACAGGAAGACAUCUUCCAGCGACAACGGGAAAAGCAACGUCAUCUGAUUCGGCAGUUGAAAGAGCAGCUGGAGGAUUUGGAGCGGUUCGCCUAUGAGUCAGGGGAUGGACAGCUGCCUUCGAAUGAAAUAAUCGCGAAACAACAGACAAUUAUCUCCCAGCUACAAAAUAAGAUGCCAUUACGAUUGGAUAACUUCGAAUAUUUGAGUAAGGAAGAAUUAAAGAAGGAAGUCGAUCUGGCACUGAGGAAACUGAUAAAUCCAAUCAAAAUCAAAGAUGUGCUGGUUCAACAGCUGCAAACGCAGAUAAAUGAUUUGGAACGGUUCAUAGGGUUCAUUCAAGCGGAAAAUUCAGAUAUUCAUCAAACUGAAGUUUCUCGUUACUCUCGCGGUGCGCACAGUUUCUCCCAGCUCGUCUUGAUCGCUGUUAGACUGAAGUUAUGCCCUGCCCUGCGCAAUCUGCUUCAACAUGGACUUCUUCCGCCUGUGAGUUGUCUUCUUAUGCACGGUAGAGAAUUCAAUAGUACCCCAGAGAGGAAACUGACCGCUACUUUCAAUUUAGAGCAGCUUGCCGGGAAAUCUGUCAACUCAAAACAGGUAGCAAUUCUAUCAGUAAUUGACAGAAUACUGACAACACACACUCCUUUACGACGCAGUUGUGAUGCGAUGUUCAAAGCAUUUGUUUCCGCCGCACUCAAUCGCAAGAAGUUGCCCUCUUGGCUAGGGAUGAUCUUGCGUUCCCGUGACAUCGUUAACGAUUGCUAUUUUCCUUGGAGCUACGCGGCUAAAACAGGUGUAGAUAUCACGACACGCGCUCAGACAGGUAGUAGUGUUCCGGUAGAACCCAACCGGAUAGAAUCAUUCAUUGGAAGCCUGUCAGCGGAAGGGUGGUAA